UUAUAAAUAACUAUUAUAGGGGAGAUCGACAAAAUAUGAGAUCUUUUUAAUGUAAUUUAUUUUUUAUUUAGCAACUGAUCUUAAGAUAUUAUUCCUCGUGAUUAUAUAAUAUUCACACCUAUCUUCAACAUGAUAUAGUACAUGUCAGACAAUAGCCUAGGAAUCCUCCUAAAAGAAAUUCGAGCAACUAGGAAUUAUGUUCUGCGACAAAUAUAACAAAAGAUUAGAGAUAAACUAUUUAAAAGUGUUUAGAAAUUUGAAGUUAUAAUAAGUUGAUGUAUUUUAAUACAAAGAGAGCAAUAGUUCUGCAGAUAAAGGGAAUAACAUAUAGUUAUGUAUGAAACUCGAGAAAAAGUGCUAGGUGUGUGUUUUACUAUCUACUCAAAAAAUAAUGUACUAAACAAUUGGAAUUGUGAACAAAAUAAUGUACAAAAGAACAUAAUGUGUUGAAUAUCGUCUUCUCCUUCUCAGCAACUUGUUGGCUUUGACUUGGGCAAUAAAAAUUAUUUGGGUCUUAAAUAACUUCCAAAUUUAGCUUUAAAAAGUAUUCCAAAAAACUGCUGAAUCAAAUGAGUAACAAGGAAAAGCUCCUGAAAGAUGAGAAAUCCUCUUCAAGAACCAAAAGGAAACUGCAAUUGAUUAUAUGUCUGUUAGCUCUCUUCAUUCCCAUAAUUGUUGCUGUUAUUUGUGCUUCAAUAAUACUUAAACAACAAACAGAGUCCAACUCAUUGUCGUUUUUCCCAACAAACGCUAUUACAUCAGUCUGUGAUCUCAUCAGCGGAGAUCCAGACUCAUGCUUCGACUCCAUUGCUACACUUCACUCUGCCCAAAUCCCGUCUCGCCAUAAAAUCAACCCAUCUCAGAUCUUCAUUCUUUCACUUUAUGCUUCACGAAUCGAGCUUGAGAAUGUCGUUACUUCAAUUGAAAAGGCAAUCUCAGAGGUAGCCAUGAUUAAACUUGAGAGUGUUGGGGUAUUGAGGAAUUGCCAAGGAAUGAUUGAAUUCUCUCUCAAGAAACUUAAUGAAUCGGAAAUGAGUUUGGGUAUCGACCCAGCUGAGAAAACAUUGGCGAUUAAUAAAGUUGUUUGGGAUUUACAGCUGUGGAUUGGUGAGGCCAUGGGUCAAGUACAGGGAUGCUAUGAUUUGUUGGAGAAGAUUCCAUCGAAGACGGUUAGGGCGGAAAUAAGAAGGAAAAGCUAUGAAGCUCUUCAAAAGAUGAAGAAUAGCAGAGGAAUAUUGCAAAAUAUGGAUGAGAUUUUGGACCUGUUUUAUCCCAGAAUAGGAACAGCAUUAGUCUCUUUUGCUUGGGAAUAUGACUAUGGGCGAACUGUUUGGCUCUUUUGCUUUGAGUAUUUGCUUUUGAUUUUCCUUUUUUGCCUGCUGUUACGCAUAUAUUGAUUUCCAUUUUGUUAUGUUGUACAAAAGUUACAUGGUGCCCAAAUUCAAAUAUUGUGUAUCUGCAUUUUAUUUUUUAUUUUUUUUAUGAAGUCCUGCUUAAAAUCUGUAA